AAUGGAUCAAAAAUAAAAGAUGCAACAUCUUAUGAACAAUUUCAUGAAGAAGGAACAAACAAAACAAGGUUAAGUGACUGUUAAGUUGUAUGUAAAUAAUGAGUUUUCCUAAUAAAUUUAAUACCCAACCUGCAAUUAGACUGUCAACUAAUUAGUUAAUUACUUGCGGAACUUACUAAAUCAAACUUAGAUUGUGGGAUUUCAGACUUUGGAAAGUAAUAUUUAUUUAGAUUACUACUUAACUACAAAUAAGGACUUAGCAGUAUUGAGCAAUUAAACCCUCUCUUUAAAGCCUUUAUAUGGAAUAUAUUAGAACGGAAUUAAUUUGGAUUCAUUUUAUUUUUUAUAAUGUAUAGGUAUAGGUGGAUUUAGCAGAGUCUAUUUAGUACGGUAUAAGUUUAAUGGCUAAUUUAUGGCGUUGAAGAUGAUUUCAAAAUCAUUUAUUGAGUAACAUGACAAAUUUCAGAUUGUUUAAAAUGAAAGAGACAUAAUGGUACAUCUAGCGAACAAUAAUAAUUCCCAUCCAAAUCUUUGUAAAUUGUUAUGUGCUUUUGAAACCAAGAAUUGGGUUUGUUUUGCAAUGGAAUAUUGUCCUGGUGGUGAACUAUUUUAAUAAUUGAAGAGAGUGAAGAAAAUGGAUGAAUAAUAAGCGAAAUUCUAUUUUAGCUAGGUAUGUAUGGCAAUACAUCACUUACAUGAAAACAAGGUUAUUUAUAGAGAUAUUAAACCUGAGAAUAUUCUUAUUGAUUCAGAGGGUCAUAUUAAAUUGGCUGAUUUUGGAUUAGCUAAACCCAAUGUUGAAGAUGAUAAAAUGGCAUAUUCUUUUUGUGGGUCUCCAGAAUAUAUGGCUCCAGAGAUGCUCUUAAAAUCAGGACACAAUUAUUAGAUUGAUCAUUAUUGUCUAGGAGCACUUCUAUAUGAACUGUUGACUGGGUUACCUCCCUAUUAUUCGAAUAAUCCAGAACAAAUUUAUUAAAAUAUUUUAUCACAUGAUCAACCAUUGCCAAAUAAAAAUUUAAGCUCAGAGGCCAAAGACUUGAUUAAUAGAUUGCUCUAAAAAGAUACAUAAAAUCGAUUGGGGAGAAAUUAUGGCAUCUAUGAAAUACUUAAACAUCCAUGGUUAUAAGAAUUCAGCUUAUACAAAUUGAUUAAUAGGUCUUAUGACCCUCCAUUUAAACCAGAUUUAUUCAAAAUGAACUUUGAUUAGAAGGAAAUUUUAAGUGGAGAAAAUUAGUUUUAGAAAGAAUUAUAAAAAUCAAUAAAUUAAGAAACAGAAAAUGUAUUUACAUCAUUUUUCCAUAAUUUUUAUUAUUCGUCCUUUUAAUUUAAAUAACCUUAGAGAUCCUCCUCUAUCACUCAAAUAAACAUCUCGAAUGUUGAUGAUAAAUUUACUAAUAUUCUUUUGAGUACCACAAAAUCUAAGCAUGUCUCAUAGACUCAUUCAUCAUCUAGUUAAUCUUAAUUAAAGAAAAAAAAAUAAUUACAGAAUGAUGUUGAGAAUAAGGAGAAUUUAAUGAAAAAUAACAAUUAGAAGAUUAUGAAGGUUGGUGUUAAACAUAAGAAGAAUAAUUAAAGUAUGCCUGAUAAUGUGUUCAAUGUUCAAUAAAAUGAAUUGAGAUCAUAUUCAUCCUAAAAAGUAAAUGAAUAAUUACAAAAACUAACAAAUAAUUAUUAAACAAAUCUAAUGAAAUCACCAUCAAUUGAAAAUGAUGAAUAAAAAUAACAUAAAUUAUAAUUUGGUGAAAAUAAAUAGCUUAAUAAAAACUAGUCUAAUUAAUGUUCUCUUAUAAGAUAUUUUAAAUAAUGA